AUGAAGAAAACGGCAUUUGCAUCCGAUAUCCCUGUUCAUCUAAGGCGACAGAUCUACAUCAAGGGGAAAAUAAAAGAAAUCUUACAACUUUGGUGUCUUAUUGUGCAAAAUACUUCCAAGAAAAUACAAAUUUUCUUUCCACUUGGACAAGAUUCUAAAUUACUGUGUUUGCAGAUUGCUUUUACUGACGAUGCCACUGUCGUUGCUUAUACAUCUGUAAUCGGCAACAGAAGAAUCUGGUGCAACAAAUACCUGGGGAGGAGUGCAAAGUUCAGUACCUACAAAAGCCAUUCUACUGUACUGUCCAUUUCUUUACAUGAAUCUGAAUCAUGGGCUAUCUUCUACCACCACUUGCUAUUCCUCGAACGUUUCCCACCAGCACUACCUCUGUAUAGUCCCAGCCAUCCAUUGUGCUCUAUGGUGAACUGGUCUCCGCAGAACAAGAACCACAAAAAAGGGGUACAAGGAUGCCUUGAAACAAUACUUGAGCUUUGCCCAUAUAGGCUACCAUCAGUGGUCGCUGGAAUGGACUACUCUGUCCUCGAAUCAGAAGACGUGGACAUCAUCCAUAACGCUGCUGCUUCCUUUGAGAACACACACAGAAUCAGACUCGAGGACAAAAAAAGACGGAAAAAAAACCGUACCUCAUCAAAAUCGCCUAAGAAGGCUUUUCGCUGUACCUUUUGCAAUCAAACUUGUUUAUCCUGCAGUGACCUUCUUAGCCAUCACGCCUGCAGCGUGGGUAUAACCCUUCACGUAUCUUCGUUCGGGAAGCUUUUCCGAGACGGCGACUAUCUCCAUACUUGCAGAUGUUCAUUCUGUGGAAUUAUUUACGUUGAUUUUUUCUGGGCACAUCAGAAAUGCCCAUAG